GCGACUCAACAACAUUGUGUUCGAAGGCUAGAUAGGAUGCAACCUUGAGGCAUAUGUCGCUGACCUCAUUGUCAAGUUCAGGCAAGAUACAUCACACCAGGAUGACCUCCGCGACUCUCCGCGCUCACAAUCUGCGCCUUAACCCGCUGAAGUGCAUCUUUGGGGCAGAAGCGGGAAAAUUCCUAGGCUUCAUGAUAAGUAGGAGGGGGAUAGAGGUCGAUUCGAAGCAAAUGGUCACGAUUCGGCAGCUGCAAGCGCCACACAAUCCACAGGAAGUUCAAUCGCUAGCGGGAAAGAUGGCGACAUUGGACAUGUUCAUCUCGAGGUCUGUUGACCAAUGUGCGCCCUUCUUUCAAACCCUCAAAGCUGGAGUGAAGUUUGAGUGGAACGAUGCGUGUGAAGCAGCGUUCGAGGAACUGAAAAUGUAUCUAAUAUCACCCCCUGUAUUGGCGGCUCCCAAGUUGAAUGAAAUGUUGUUUCUCUACCUUGUCGUCUUAAUUCGCGCGGUUAGCGCGGUACUGGUGUCCAGGGAAAACAUGAGCGAAGAAAGAGUCGUGUAAUAUACAUCUCGCACACUGAUAAACCCUGAAACCCGUUACUCCCCAAAUGAGAAGGCCGCCCUAGCCCUUAUCUCAACAUUCCAAAAGUUACGUCCUUACUUUCAAAUGCACCCCAUGACCGUCCUUACCAAUCUACCACUCCGGAAGAUCCUGAGUUCAAUGGAAGUUUCAGGGUGGCUAGUGAAGUGGGCAGUUGAACUGUCCGAGUAUGACAUCAUGUACGCACCAAGACUUGCAAUCAAGGGACAAGUCCUGG